AUGCACUUUCCAGAAAAACCUUUGCCUCCGAUUCCUGGACAGGGAAACACGCGCCGGCCGCGGCCGCCUCCCGUCCCGCAGGACGAAGACGAGGAUGACGAGGAGGAGGAGGAGGUGGUGGUGGCUCUCUACGACUUCCCAGGCAUGGAGCCGCACGACCUGAAGCUGGUCCGCGGCAGAGAGUACGUCAUCCUGGAGAAAUGUGACGUCAACUGGUUCAGGGCGCGCAACGAGUACGGGGAGGAAGGAUACAUCCCCAGUAACUACGUGUCGGAGAAAACGUCUGGGAACCUGGUGCAGUUCUCGUGGUACAGUAAAGGAGUAAACAGGAACAUGGCUGAGGAGCUGCUGAGGAAGGAGGACAAAGAAGGAGCCUUCAUUGUGAGAGACUCCAGCCUCCCGUCGACAUACACAGUCUCUCUUUACACCAAAGCAGGAUCUGGGAAAGGAGGUCCAAUGAUUAAACAUUAUCACAUUAAAGAGACGCAGUGCUCCCCCAAAAUGUUUUACCUGGCUGAGAAACACAUGUUCAGCUCCAUCCCUGAACUCAUCGAGUACCACAGCCACAACGGAGCCGGUCUUGCAGCCAGGCUCAGAUAUCCUGUAGGAAAGCAGGACAAGUCAGGUCCAUCGACGGCAGGCUUCAGCUACGAGAUGUGGGAGAUCAACCCGAGCGAGUUGACCUUCAUGAAGGAGCUGGGCUGCGGUCAGUACGGCCAGGUGAGGCUCGGCAUGUGGAGGUCUCAGCACAAGGUGGCCAUUAAGGCCAUCAAGGAGGGCGCCAUGUACGAGGAGGACUUCAUCGAAGAGGCCAAACUCAUGAUGAAGUUGUCCCAUCCCAAGCUGGUGCAGCUGUACGGCGUCUGCAGCCAGCAGAGGCCCAUCUACAUCGUCACAGAGUUCAUGCAGCAGGGCUGCCUGGUGAACUACCUGAGGCAGCGGCGCGGCAGCUUCAGCCCCGGGUCGCUGCUCGACAUGUGCCUGGACGUCUGCGAGGGCAUGGAGUACCUGGAGGAAAACAGCUUCAUCCACAGAGACCUGGCGGCCAGGAACUGCCUGAUGAACGACGCUAUGGUGGUGAAGGUUUCUGACUUCGGCAUGGCCAGGUACGUCUUGGACAACCAGUACACCAGCACCAAAGGUGCCAAGUUUCCUGUGAAGUGGUCUCCGCCUGAGGUCUUUAACUACUGCAAGUUCAGCAGCAAGUCGGACGUCUGGUCGUACGGUGUGCUGAUGUGGGAGGUCUUCACAGAGGGCCAGAUGCCGUUCGACCAAAGACUCAAUCACGAAGUGGUUGCCAUGGUCACCAACGGGCAUCGGCUGUUCCGGCCCAAGAUGGCGCCGCCCGCCCUGUACGACAUCAUGCAGCUCUGUUGGAACAACAGGCCGGAUGAGCGUCCGUCUUUCUCUCAGCUUUGCCUGAUGCUCUCAGACGUUUUGGAGGACGACGGUACUUUUUCACCCUGAGCAUCCAGGAUGAUGCUCAGGAUCCUGGCUGAAGACGCACCUGCUGUCCCAACCUUUCCAAAGGCUUUGUGGUGUUUAUAUUUUAAAACCACAAACGGAAGGAUAGCAACCUGCACAUUAAUGCUGCUUAACGCGAUGAAACGUCGAGGCGCGCAGAGGAACCGACCACAUCUGCUCAUCAGCUGCUGCGUCUCUGCUGAACCCGAUUCAGGUCGGCGAACUGGACCUGAGUGACGCUCACUGACUGCAGAGGCUUAGCCAGGUGUUUCAACAUGUUGGGUGGAAAUAAAUGGCUUCCUUUCUUCUGCUUGUUGGAGUUCUUACUGCAAGUAAAGAAACUCACAAGUCGAGGUUUAACCGCAGCACAGACUGAUUUUUAUUUAAUACCAGCCCUUGAGUGAAACCUAACACAAAAAUCAGAAACUCAUUUUUAUAUUCUUAACUAAAUAAAUUUUGUGGCCUGCCAGCAGUUUAAACUCUCCAGUUUUUGACAGUUUUUUGGUUAAACCUUUUAAACUUUUUUAAAAGCAACAUUGUUGCUAAUCACACAUUGUUUCAACAUAUUGUGGUUUGUAACAUGUUUAUAACACUUUUCACAACAGUGUUAUAAACA